GCAGCAAAACUCAAAGCCAGCUUGCGUUAGGUGCGUGCCAUUGACGUCGAUUGACGGUAACGAUCUCAGACAAAACCACGAUCAGCAAUCAUUAUGACAACUUAUAAUCGUAUGGCAGCUGCCGCUGUCGCUGCUCAAGGCGGAGAAGCAGCAGCCGUAAACAAACAAUCGACAACAUCGAUGCAAAACAGUAAAGCAGCAGCUCAAGCCGCUCUCUCUGAAUUAGAUGCCGCCGCAUUGGAAUUAGACUCGGAUACAAUCACUUCUCUUCGUUUGGAUGGAUUGGCCUUAAGCAAAAUUGUUAAACAUUCUCGUGACGCACAUCCUCAUAUCGCAGCCGGUGUCCUACUAGGUUUGGAAAUCGGAUCAGCAUUAGAGGUCAGCAACGUUUUCGCUUUGCCAAGAGGUGUUUUGGGUAGCGGUAACUCAGAUGAUGCUGAAGACAACGAACGCGGACCAAGAGCAGCUGCUCGUUACACUCAACAAAUGGUACAAUUGCUCGGUGAUGUGAACGCAGACGCAAACCCAGUCGGUUUGUAUAAAUCUUGCUUCUUGGGCUCCUUCCUUUCAAGUUCAGUCGUCGACAGCUUGAGUGCAAUCUCUAGCCUUGUUGAUCGUGAUGGUUCCAAAGACCAAAGUCGUGGAAUUCUAUUGAUCCACGACUUGGCACAAUCAGCUCAAGGAAACACAAUCGUGAAAGCAUACCGUCUAUCGCCCUCCUUCGUUGAGGCAUACCGCAAGACCAAAUUCACUGCUCAAAACCUCAUCGAUCAUAAACUCACAUUCUCCAACAUUCUGAUCGAGAUCCCUGUUUCGUUGCACAACACAGCUUUGCUCGAUGCAUUCUUGGCCACACUCGCAACACCUGAGCCUCGCGGACCUUCACUCUUGGCUCCAAGCACAUCCGAACUUUUGGCCAAUCCACCAACUGCACCGAUCACCGCACCACACUCCUUGCUCACAUUGGCACAUACACCUGUUCUUUCAUCCGCAUUGGAGACAUCAUUAGAUGCAUUGGAUGACUAUGCCAACGAAUCAGGUAUUGUUGGUUAUCAAUCCCGUCAAUUGGCUCGUGAACGUGGAAGAGCAGAAGCCUUUUUGGCCAGACGUAAAGCAGAAAAUGCAGCACGGGAAGCACAAGGUUUGGCACCUUUGCCGAUCGAAGAUAUCAACAAGAUGUUCAAACUUCCUCCAGAGCCCAGCAGAUUGGACAGUACAAUGUUAUUGGGUCAAUUGGACGAUUCAUCCAAGAAACUUGCAGAGAUCAGUGCACUUUCUGCCGUUCAAUUAUACGCCGCACGAACGGGUGCCAAUUGAGCAUCACUAUGGCAUUGCGUCUCUCCUUUCAUCUCUUUUUGUACUGUAGCAAUUCCCUAAAAAAUAAGAAUGAAAUGCUAGACUUUUAACAAGGUGAAGGGAC